AUGUCUAACUAUGCUAAGUUUAUGAAAGAACUCUUGUCUAGAAAGCAUAAGUUGCAGGAAUUUGAAACAGUGGCUCUCACAGAGGAAUGCAGUGCCAUAAUUCAGAAAAAGUUACCACCGAAGCUUCGAGAUCCAGGGAGUUUCAACAUCUCGAUUGCGAUAGGCAACAUUAAUGUUGGACGGGCAUUGUGCGAUCUUGGAGCAAGCAUCAACCUCGUGCCGCUGUUUGUGAUGAAGUCUCUCAGAAUUUCCGAGUUGAAGCCGACAAUGGUAUCUCUCCAACUUGCUGACAUAACGUUGAGAAGACCAAACAGAGUAAUUAAAGAUGUAUUGGUCAAGGUGGACAAGUUCAUCUUCCCAGCUGACUUCGUAGUACUCGACAUGGAAGAAGAAGGAAACAUGUCUCUUCUGUUAGGUAGGUCGUUCCUUGCAACAACCAGAGCCAUGAUUGACAUGGAGAAAGGAAAGCUGGAGCUGAGAAUGGAUGACGAAAAGGUUACCAUCAAUGUGCUCGAUGCAAUGAAGCAUGCUGAAGAUAAUAGCGACUGCUUCCGGGUUGACAUUCUUGAAGAAUUGUUUCAAGAAAAGAAAGAAGAUCAGACUCUUGAAGAAGAGAAAGAAUUCUUUAAUGAAAAUCCUCCGAAGGAAGAUGCUGAAAUUCCAACGGAAGAGUUGAAAAAGAAAAAGUCAGACAUCACUGCUGAAGCACCAAAGGUGGAAUUAAAAGAGCUUCCACCUAAUCUAAAAUACGUCUUCUUAGGAGAUGAAGAGACGUAUCUUGUCAUCAUCAACAAGGAGUUAUCUAAGACUGAAGAAGCCAAGUAG